AGCAGAAAACAUGGCGGCUUCCGGCAAAGCGACCGUGGUUUUGAAGGCUGUGAAGAAAAUAACGGUUCAGUUUUGUCCAUUUGAGUCUAACGUCCGGUCCACGCGGGAGUUUCUGGUGAUGGUGGGCUCGGAGAAGGCCAGGUCUACCAACAUAAACUGUGAGGUGAUACCGUUGGUGAAGCACGACAAGUCUGCACCCGUAGUGGAUAUCACUUACUUAGAUGGAGACAAGCUGGUGUUGAAGGGAGCAAACUUGACCAGCAGCGAGAUGCUGAAUGCAUUUCAGUCACUGUGCACGGACAAGGACCUGCAGGCAAAAGCAGCAGCAGCGAAGAAAUAACCAGCCUUGUGUACA